AUUCAUCUUAAUUACUAAGAGAUCUAGCUGAGCUCAGCUUCUUCCUUCGAUUGACCCGGCUCGCCAUACACGCAGACAUUGCGCCACAGUACCCUUCCGACCACAACCCCAGCAUAAAAUGUGGGCACCAAACCGCGUAACUCCAGGAGCGAAACGCACAUCAUCCGUCCAUUCUAUCGUAUCCUUUCAAUCAGGGAGUCGCCCCGUUUCGAUGAGUUCACCUCAAAUGCAGAGACAACCGAGGAGUUACGAAUCAGAUAACUACUCUGACCUGGGUUCAGAGGACGAGCAGCCACAGCCACAGCAAUACUCCCGUCGUCCACAAGACACCUCCAUGUCAGCCAUGGCGCAAAUGCAACGACAACAGCAACAACCUAACCCCACAGCACCUUUGUUCUCUCAGAAGAAGGCGAACGAUGUCGUACAGCCAGUCAACGUGAACAGACCGCAAUAUCAAGACCAGCGAACCUUUGUUGAGCGACCAGUAGACGACGACGCAACAUCGCGAUCUUCCACCCUGGACGGCAACGAGGAGGACGUCCCCUAUCCAUCGAAGAAGUCAUUGGCGCCUUCAGCCACGAAGAUGAGCCUCACAGGCCAGGAGCCGGUAUCUCCAGCACCCGCACCGCAUGUCCCUGGGCCUUUGGAGUCGCAACUUGCUGCCCUAAUGUCCAAGCUUGUCUACAUCGAACAAUCGAAUCCUGCCAUAUCAGUCAAACCGGAAGAGUACGAGCAGACGAUGGCGCGUCUGAAAGCAUUGGAAGAGGAGAAGAAGACGUGGUGGAAGCGACACGACGCCAUCUGGGCCCUUCGAGACGAAGAUGUGGAGAACAACAUUAAGAUUCGUGGAUUACUAGCUAGCUGUCGACGCGAACUGGACGCGACUAAAGCGCUGCGCGACGAAGAUCUCGUUAACGUGCAGAUUGUACGGAGCAAGCUUGCGGAAAAGACAAGAGAGGUGGAGCGGUUGCAUGCACAGACUGGACGCAGCAGUCCAAGCCGAGGACGUCCGGGCAGCUUCCUCGAACGGCGCGACACAACCGACCUCUUUACCGCGGCCAAGGUGGCAGCUCUUGAGCAACGAGCUCUCGAAUUGGAAAAGCGAAACUCUGAUCUUGUCGCGCAGUUAGGGGCGCCGCGAGGUAGCAGCAUCGACGAUCUAAACCGAUCCACCGCUCACCAAGCGUGGAAAGGGACCGUUGCUGAUCUUGAAUCCAAGAUCAGGGCCAAAGACGCUGAGCUCGAGCGGCUACGGUCUCAAGGUGCUUCUGGAGGAAGCGGACAGAUGGACUGGUACCGGAUUGAAGCCCUGCUGGAGGAACAUGCCGCCUACCGCGAGAGCAUCGGGGGCAAGCUGCAGGCUCUCCGAUCGGAGAAAGAGGGACUCAUGAGAGAUCUACACCGCAAGGAGAAUGAUUGCCAAGUGUUGGAACUUAAAGUGCAGACGCUGCAGAGACGGGCGAACGUGGUAUGACGGAGACUGUGUAAUGUUAGAAGCGAGUUGGCUACCCAAUACCCCUGACCAUUUGAUUGUUUUUAUUUUCACAAUGUCCACCCAUUGCGGAGCCGGAAGAUGUGGCGGUGACGUGGCGUUGGAGGUCAAAGCGUAACCUCUGCCUUGGCAGGUACCUGGCAAACAUCGUCA